AUGCAGUUCACCAAGCUCUCUCUCAUGGCUGUCGCCGUCUCCAGUGCCAUCGCCCAGCCCCAACCCACUGCCGUUCCUGCCGCCCUCGCUGCGCGUGAGGAGGAUUUCUCUAAAUGUUCCAACGCCUUGGUUUCUAAGGGAACCUUCUUCUCCGAGAUGCCUGUUCCCACUGGGGACGCCGCGAGUGUCGUCGCCCUGGUCACCGCGACUGACGAGUGCGAAAUCCCUGCCGUGACUGGCGACAGGGCCAGCGCUUACAGCUCCUACAUGUCCGCAGCGUCCAGCUGGUAUCAGAAGCACCAGUCUGAGUACAACGACAUUGUUACUGAGUGUGGCAAGGAUUUGGGCGCCGCCAUGACCAGUGCCGGUUACUCGAACGUUUUCGCCAAUGCCACCGCCUGCACCAGCCUCAAGUGGGGAGCCAGUGAGACUGCGGUCUCUACCAACGGCGCCAUCUCUCGCCAGGCGGGCUCUGCGCUUGUUGUUGUUGGCCUUGCUGCUCUCACUGCCGCUGGGCUCCUCUAG